AUGAAUCAGGAGGAUGUGAUCGAGUUUAUCCAGAAGCAUAUUAUUUAUAGAUUUGGAAUCCCAGAGACUGUCACAACAGAUCAAGGGUCAGUAUUCACUGGUCGAAAAAUGCAAGAAUUUGCUAAAGAAAUGGGUUUCAAACAAUUAACUUUGACGCCUUAUUAUGAUCAGGCUAAUGGACAAGUCGAAGCUGCAAAUAAAGUGAUCAUUGAGAUUCACCUACAAUCUAUAAGGAUUCAAAGGCACUAUGAAAUUCCAACAGACUCAUAUUGGAGCAUGAUGCUGGAUGAAUUGGUUGACUUAGAUGAAGAAAGGUUAAAUGCCUUGGAGUUAUUAAAACGACAAAAGAAGAGAGUAGAAAUCUCUUAUAACAAGAAGGUGAAAGUUAAAAGUUUUUUGCCUGAAGACUUGGUCUGGAAAGUGAUCAUUCCAAUGGAUCGAAAGGAUAGAGCCUUAGGGAAGUGGUCUCCGAAGUGGGAAGACCCUUUUUAG